AUGCGGGGUCGUCUCCUCCUUCCGGCCGCGCGAACCGCGCCUGCGGCACCACGUCAUGCAACGCCCGCGCUGCGCCCUGGCGGCCGCCCCGUUCGUCGCUCCGAGCAACGGGCGCGGGAGGGAGCGCCGAGGUGUCGCAUGUGCCGCAGCACGAUCGCGCGGGCGUCGCAGAUAGACGAGGAAUCCGAGGACGCGAACCAACUCCUGACGCUGCUCAACCUCGCUAUCAAAAACGAAGACUACGCGCAGGCCUCGCAGCUGCGCGACCGUAUCCAGGAAGUCCUCGGGGUGAGCGACAUCAGGGACGCGAGCUGGCACAAGCCCGGCGUGCCCGAGUGGCUGGCGGACCGCGCGGAGCAGCUCGAUUUCCGGAUCACCACUCCCAUCCAGCGCCGCGCCCUCGAAACGCUCCUUUCCGGCAAGGACGCGAUCGUCAAGUCCAUUACAGGGUCGGGGAAGACGCUGGCGUGCCUGAUCCCGGCGCUGUCGAGGCUGGACUACACGGUGCCCCUGGACGACGUGUUGUCGCCGCAGCUCGUGGUGGUAACCCCCACGCGGGAGCUGGGCGUUCAGAUCGUGCUGCUGAUCUUCAAGCUGUUCGGCGGUAACAUAUCUUCGCGCAUGCCGGGCGACAAGGGCAACAUGUUCAACUACCAGGGCCCGCGCGGGCUCAAGGUCCGCGGCGUACUGUCCGCGGAGGAGGCGUACUUUGCGUCAGACAUGCGGUACCUCAAAGGGGCGCACGUGAUCGUGGGGACGCCGCAGUGGCUGGCCGCGGCGGUCGAGGCGGAGGACCGCUCCGUCGUGCUCGACGCGGUGCGUGUGCUGUGGGUCGACGAGGCGGACGAGUGCCAGCAGAACUUCGAAGGACCGCUGGCGAAGGUGUACGCGACGGUGGCCAAGCCGCGGCCCCUGAAGGACGGCACGCAGCUGCCGAAGGCGCAGGUCAUUCUGUCGGGCGCGACCAUCGCGGACGAGGACGUCGAGGCCGCUCAGGCCGCCGGGGCGCUCACGGGGAAGCCGGCGUUCGUGUCGGCGGGGCGGCAUGCGCUGCCCCCCGGGAUCGCGCACCGGUACUGCGUGGUGCCGUCGCAGGAGGCGCGGCUGCUCGCGGUGGCGCGCAUGAUGAAGGCCGAGGUCGAGAAGGGCGACGCGGACUCCCCCCCGCCGCGCGUCCUCGUCUUUGCCAACUCAGACGUCGAGGUCAAGGCGGCCGCGCAGCCCCUCCGCGGCGCCCUGUGGGGCGUCCACAAGAUGUCGGUCCUGCUCCCGUCGGGCGAGGAGCCGAUCCUCGCGAUGGAGUCCUUCCGCGACAACCGCUCCUCGCUGAUGCUGUGCAGCCCCGCGGCGUCCCGCGGGAUCGACUUCCCCUCGGUCAGCCACGUGUACACUCUGGGUCUGCCGCAGGACGAGGACUCGUACGUGCACGCGACGGGGCGGUCGGGGCGCGUGGGGUCCACGGUGCGCGGCGUCGCGACGGCGAUCGUGGAGGCCGGCGCGGAGGAGGCGGCGUACCUGCGCAUGAUGGAGGGGCUCGGUAUCGAGCCGGAGAGGGUUGAGGUGCCGGGGGCGGCGUUCCGGACGGCGCUGCACGAGGGCAGCGGCGACGAGUGGAUCGUGGAGGAGCUGGGCGAGGACAGGACGGAGGAGGCGCGGCAGGCGCUGGAGGAGCUCAUGAUGCUGUACGCGACAGAGGAGGAGCGGCUGGAGCGGGCGCGGGCGUUCGACAGGGCGAACGACCCGGACGACGACAUGCUCGAGGGGAAGUCGGAUCUGCCCGGGAGGUUCGGGGACGCGGGGGGCGGGGAGGGGGGUGCUGGUGGGGAGGGGGGCGUGAUUGACGUGGAGGCGGAGGACGUUGGCGGGGAGGGCGACGGAGGGGCCGGCGAGGAGACGUGA